AUGACAGCUAUGGUUACAAAUGAAACAAUAAGAACUUCAGAUCUCUUGCAAGGAAGUGAUGGAGACAAGGCGGUUGAGAAAUUUGAGCAUCAAGAUAUAGGGAUGGAUAAAGAAGUUACAGAACAGAAGAAAUACGUUCAAUUGACGAAGCUUCCUACAUUAACAGAAUUUAAAUAUGAAGACACUAAGGGCCCCAUGGAAGUAAUACUAGCGAAAGCAAUUGCUUUACAAUUGAAACUGAUGAAUAGAGAUACGACGAUCACGAAGUUUGCAUUCACACAUUUGACCUCGUUAGUUGACGAGCAAUUGUCAGACAUGGUUAAUCAAAUGGAGAAACUCGCUGCUUUGCAAAGGCGUAAGGAAGUUGCCAAGAAGGAUAUUGACCUUUGGUUGAGAGGCUUCAAUUUACAGCCUAGUGAUUUAACCAUCACACACCAACAGUCGGAAUAUAUUAAGGAGAAAUACGGAGGAGAAGUCACCUUACUGAAUAGAUUGGCUACUGAUACAAACGAAGUUUUGACUGUUUUUAAGAAAACUGAUAAAACGUUAAAAGAUGAUUCGACUUUAGAGACUUUGAAAUUAGUCCCAAUAACAAAUACUUUAGAAAAUAUAAUACCAGAUUGGCUGCCCAGUUUCCCUCCAGAUUACACGUACAAAUUUACACCACAGUUUAAUAAACAUAUUACAGACGCAACAGUGAUUAGAAAAAAAGUAGCAGCAGAAGGUAAGAAAUCAGAAAAAGCUUUGUUGCAUUUAUUGGAAAGUGAGAAAAUAACAACCAGUAAAUUAUUAAACCUAGAUAAAUUUGAUAGUGAUGAUAUGGACACAGCGAAGUUAGAAAUGGAUGCAUUAUACAGUGGAGGAUCAUGUGAUAGGAAAAAGAGAACAGCUUUCUUUGAGGACGAAGAAGAUCGCAUGGUCGAUGAGCAUGGGAACUCAACGAGCAAUAAAUUUGAUAUCGAAAAAUACGUUCAUAAAAGAAUUAAUAUCGUAAGGAAUAAAGUUAAGCAAUAUGAGGAUAAACAACUGAGAUUACAAAACGACCCAUUUUUGAAAAUGACUGCAUUACUAUCGGAACAAACUGAUAAAAAGGUUUCAAGAGAAGUUAUCAAUACGAAUAUAGAAAAUGUUUUGAAAAGAUCUUUUUUACAACUAAUUAAUAGUAUUCCUACUUUAAAUCAGAAUAAAAAAGAUACAAGGGAAAGAGCUAUGGUUGAGAAGAAGAGAAGACAUGAUGAGUGGUUGAAAAGAAGAGAAGAAAAAUUGAAAAAGCUUGAACAAGAGAAGAACCUUAGGGCACAAGCGUUUGGUGCAAUUGAUUUAUCAAGCUUCACAAACAUUGAUGAUGGAGGAUUUCUUGAUGGUUUCGAUAGUAGUGAAAAUGAACAAGAACUUGAGAUACGAGCCAAAUCAUCACAAAAUAAUUCAAAAGAUAUAUCAUCAACUGGUCCUGGCUCUUGGGAUAAAGAAGAGGCUAAUCCCGUUGCAAUUGGGACAUCUGUUAACACAAAAUCACUAGAAAUAAAAACUAGUGGUCAAACAAAUCAGAAUAUGGAACCAGUUCUUUCAAAUGAAAUAGAAUCCGUGACGUCAGAAGGAUUGGAGGUCGAAAAGUUGGAAGUACAAGAAGACCAAAUGCAAGGAGAAACCGAUGUGGUCCACACAACCGGUGAAGAAGUAAUUCAAGAAAUCAAGCAAUCAGAAACUCCAAUCAAUUUUCCGACCAUGGCCACUACCACGAUCACCACCACGGAAACGAAUAUUUCGACCACGGAAACGACGACAAUUACAGAAACAACGCCGAACAUUAACUCUGGGUUAGAGGAGUCCAACGACACAAAUUAA